AUGGUGGAUCACUUAUCGCUUGGUGAGGAGACCUUCCUGUACUAUACGAGCUCAUCGGCGAGUGACCACAGCAGCAUCCGUAGCGAUGCCAGCGAGGGGCUGUCCCGGGGCAUCAUGGUGACCGACUCUUGCUUCUACCACCCCUACCAAGGGGUGUCGUCUUCGCCCAUGCUCUCGGAGGAUGAACUUAGUAACUCCUCUAGUCCGCGAUCCUCGCUUUGCUCAAGCCCAGAGACCUCAUCGCCCAAGUCCCACGCCCACGUGAGUUCUAGCUAUGAAAGCAGGAGUUCUUCUGAAGGUGAGAGUCAAGACAGCUUGCUUGACCUCCUUCUCUCCCAGGGAAUGACCACCUCAAUAAGCUCCAACAUCAGCAGUAGCAGCUUGCUCUCCUCGACACCUUCAUCAUCUUCCACCGCUCCACUUUUACCAAUGGGCCUUGCUUGGGAAUCCAAGAGAGACCAGAAGCUGGGUCUCCUCCAGCACCAGACUAAAGAGGACUAUUGUGAGUUCCCGAUUUUUCUGGAUGAGCUGCAGGAUCCUGCGGCCCUCCUCUUUCAGCCCACACUGGAAGAAAUUGAGGAAUUUUUGGAGGAGAACAUGAUGGUUGCGUUAGAGAAGGAAGACGAUGGAAGCGAUGAGGCGAUGUCGCCGACGCCGGAGGAUUCCGAGCCUGAGAGAGCAACGACCAGAGAGGUCUUGCAGAGCUCGGAUCAGACUGUACCUGUGGCCCUUUCUCCACUGUCCUCCCUAAGAGAGACCAAACAGACAGUAAACUCAUCAAACAUUGACAGUUCAUCAACAGUCGAUGUGAGUUGUAUUAGUUUGAGCUCCACUGAAAGUGAAGUUGAUGGAAUUAAACAGGAAAACUCUGAAUUUCCAUCAGCCUCAGGAGAAAACACCAGUGCUGCUACAAGUGUACCGGUCAUCUUACAAAUCCACCCUGUACAGAUCAAGCAAGAAAAUCAUCCCUGCAUUGUCUCAGAAGCUCAAAAGCAAGAGGCUCACUCCCAGAAGCCUCAACUAGCACAGGAUAUCAAGAUCGCCCAGCUCCUGGUCAACAUCCAGGGUCAAACCUUCGCCUUGGUGCCUCAAUUGCUUUCCCCAGCGAACAUUGCAUUUGCCAACAAGAAUUCAUCCAAAUUUGUAAGGAUCGCACCAGUGCCCAUUGCUGCCAAACCCACUGGGCUUGGGGAGUUAGGUAGCGGAACAACUACUGGGGUCCUAGCUGGAGGUCAAAGGUACCAGAAGAGCGCAGUGGCAGACCUUAUUAAAAUGCACAAGUGUUCUUUCCCGGGCUGUAACAAGAUGUACACCAAAAGCAGCCACCUUAAAGCUCAUUUGAGGAGGCACACCGGGGAAAAGCCUUUCGCGUGCACAUGGCCUGGUUGCGGAUGGAGGUUCUCCAGAUCGGAUGAGCUGUCCCGACAUCGGCGCUCCCAUUCCGGAGUAAAACCGUACCAGUGCAUCGUCUGUGAGAAGAAGUUUGCCCGCAGCGAUCACCUGUCAAAACACCUCAAAGUCCACCGGUUUCCACGAAGCAGCAGGACAGGGCGCUCUGCAAACUGA